AUGGAGUCCGCCAACAUCCCCGAUUUCUUCCGCCGUUCUUUUGGGGCCGAUUACCCCAAGGAGCUGCACGAACAAAUCAAGAGAAACCGUCAUUGCACGGUUUGCAUCGGUGACAAUAACGAAUAUAUCCGUGCUACAAUGAAAGUCCGCUUGGACUCCCAGCAACCAUGGCUGGAUGUUCAAAUUGGCAAGGCACAUGUCGUUUUCCCCGUCACGCGGACAGAUAUGAAGUUGGUCAUCAAGGGUACCUCUCGCGAGUACGAUGCCUUCAUUCAAUCACGCCAGAAGAACGCAACUGAGGACAAGAAAGAUUACCAAGCGUGCUUUUUUGAGUUGAGCCCGCCUGCUAUCCCUGUGUUCGCUGGCCCGUUCUGGGAAUUGAACGAGGACCAAUCCGCGCGAUGGAGCAAGCUCCAGGCUGUUGAGUGGCCUGGCAAGAAGGUUUACAUCUGGACUGCAUUCCCUAACAACUGCUAUGAUGCAUUCCGGAACAUACAGACCCACAUGGCAAAGCUAGUACAGCUUGUCCGCAAGAACGUCCGCACCGAUGGUAAACCGCGAUCAUUCUGGUACGCCGAACAGAACCCCAUUCCCGAAGGGCAAAGGGCGCCACGCAGGCCCAAGAUGCCCUGGCUCUUCGAUUCAGAUGGCCGGUACCAUGCCUGGGACACCCCUGUCAGCUUCUUCCUGGAUGAGCAGGAAUAUCGCUCGCGACUGGUGGAAGCGGCAAUCGUGGAACAACACGUUCAGUGGGCCACGUACGAUAAUGUUUUCCGUGAGGAGAAGCCUCACGACGUCAUCCUCGAGCUUGCUGAGACAAAAACAAACUUCUGGAAGCUCCAUAUCUGGAUGAAUGCCGAUCCGAAGCCAGCUCCACCCGAGGGCAUCCGAGCGGCGUACAAGGUCGACGUCACAAAUCCGAUCAGCGAGAAAGGCCCAGAGCUGAUUGCAGGUGACGGCCUUUGUAUCAGCUCCACCCGGGCAGACUUCGCCAUAUUGACUCGAGCGCAGUUCGACCCUGCUUUGGACGGCCAGACCCGCAGAAUCAUGGCUACUGUGGCAGUCAAUCUUAAAUCGACCAGUCUUCAGAUUGAGGCACUAGAUAUUGCGGGAAGAACGAUCAGCUUUGGUGAUUCCUCCGAGAGCGACGGCAAUGGCUUCUCUCUCAAACGCACCAUCCUCGCACAGGGGUCGGAGUUGAGCCCUAAAAGCCCUUUCUACUUUGAGCUAGAUGCGAGGAGCGUUUCUGAACUCCCUCCCGAUUUGCAGAAUGAGCGAAUUGAGUACAUUCGAAAGAAGUUCGGGCUAGACAAGUCUCAAUCUCGCGCGGUUCAGAUGUCGGUUUUUAAGGUCGUCGGUGGAAUCCACCUAGUGAAAGGCCCACCGGGCAACGGCAAAACGCGUACCACCUUAGUCAUGUUGCUGAUUCUUGCAAGCCUGGGGAUGAAGGUUUUGAUCAGCGCUGGGUCUAAUCAGGCUGUGGACACCCUUUUGCUCGCAUUUCAUAGCGCUUUAAAAAGCGAUGAAAGGCUUCAGGGGUGGUGCGGAAUGUACUGCCGUUUCCAAACUCCCGCAUACCAAUUGGCCGUUCUUCGCCGUGCAAGUAAGGCUAAGCGGUUAGAGCAAAAGAAGGAUCACAAGUCUUCCAUUCAAGAUGAACUCGCUGACUGCCAGAUCGAGGCAUUAGUGGUGAAAAAGGCCAUGGACUUUUAUUAUGAACAGCCCGAGGCUAAGCAGCUUCUUGACCUGCUUGACCUAGAUCGCGAAAAGGUUUUGAGCAAGGACGAGACAACCACACUACGAAGUUCUUACGAGAAGCUUGUGCGCCGGGUGGUCGGGAGAUGUAAAGUCGUCGCCACUAUAUUAAACGCUUCUGGUGACGAAAACUUGAGAUACGAGUUCAAGCCAUAUGCGUUGCUGUGUGAUGAGGCUGGUCAGUGCCUAGAAGGGGACAGUAUGAUACCUAUGACUAGCUAUCUAUCACUGCGUACCGUCAUCCUGAUCGGUGACCCUAACCAGCUUCCCCCUACGGUCGUCUCAUUGAGGGAGAACGAAGGGGGCAAUUUCUAUGGCCGGUCUCUCAUGUCUAGACUCUCGGAGUGCUACCCUCUUUCUCUCCUCGAAAUUAACUAUCGGUGCCACCCGGAGAUCCUAGAUUGGCCUGCGUCGGCAAUUUAUAAGGGCAAGAUCACCGCUAGCGAUCAGAGCACUAGGGCUGAGCGCGUAGGGAAUGCAUGGAAUGCUUUUACAGCCUCCCUACACCACUUCACAGCCAAGGGACUUACUGGGAAGCGGCGGUUGGUGAUUGAUGCCGAUGGAGUGGCCGAACAACCACAGGGUAGUACAUCUUGGCGAAAUGACGCCCACAUCAGCGUCGCCAUCGCUCUCCUCAAAGCAUUGUACGCCGACAGAUCCAGUGAAGAUCGGAUCUUCCCUGAGGAUGUGACAUUGAUCUGUCCCUACAAGGAGCAGGUCAAACGAGUGAUUGAGCGCUUCUCUGCGGAAGGUGUAAAGUACAACCGAUGUUUGACGGUUGACGGCUCGCAGGGUCAGGAGUCAAACGUCGUUAUCUUCAUGUUCACCAAGCCCCGCACCAAUUCCACGAAUGAAGUCGGCUUUAUGUUCAACUACCAGCGCUUGAAUGUGGCCCUGACCCGGGCUAAAAAGCUCCUUGUUGUGAUCGUGAACCUACGCAUCUGGAACGCACGGUUUGUCUCGGCCACAAAAACAGGGAGUCAUCGCUAUCUGUCGAGCUUCCUGAAGGAUGCGGUUGACAAAGGAGACGUCUUGGAAUGGGUCGGGCGAGAAACUGUUGAAAGGCCCUCCGACUCCACCAAGCGACAGACAACGGCCACCGCAUCCCGCGCAACCCCUCCACCCCAAAAGAUGGCCACCGACUCUCGCCCAGCCCAACCACAUGAUGAGUUCAGUGGGCUCACCUUGAGGAUGAAGGAUUUGCAGCUGGAGAAGGCCCGCAUAGCGGCCAAACAAGAGGCCCUGACUGAAAAUUGGAAAGACAUGAACGCAAUGUUGGAGCGUGUCAACGCUCAACAGGAUUCGCUGAAGGUCCGAUGGGCCCAGUUAGAGGAUGAUGAGGCUGCUCUACAGGCGGCAAUGGAUCGGGCCUCCAAAUAG